AUGGGAUAUACCGACCAAGAUUGGCUGGCCAUUAACACGAUCCGUGUUCUCGCGGUCGAUGCCACCUUUGCGUGCAACUCGGGCCACCCGGGCGCGCCCAUGGGUAUGGCGCCCGUUGCCCACGUUCUCUUCAACAAGUUCAUGAAGUUCAACCCCAAGAACCCCAAGUGGUUGAACCGCGACCGAUUCGUGCUUUCCAACGGCCACGGAUGCAUGCUCCAAUAUGCUCUCCUUCACCUUUUCGGCUAUGACUUGUCUAUCGACGACAUCAAGAACUUCCGAAAAAUCGAUAGCAUUACUCCGGGCCAUCCUGAGGCUCAUGACACCCCAGGUGUCGAGGUCACCACCGGCCCUCUCGGCCAGGGUAUCUCGAACGCUGUUGGCCUUGCCCUUGCCCAAGCCCAGACGGCAGCUACCUUCAACAAGGAUGGCUUCCCCCUCGUUGACAACUACACCUACUGCUUCCUGGGUGAUGGUUGCUUGAUGGAGGGUGUCUCCGGUGAAGCCUCCUCCCUGGCUGGCCACUUGCAACUGGGCAACCUGAUCGCCGUCUACGACGACAACCAGAUCACUAUCGACGGCGACACCGCAUGCGCCUUCACCGAAGACGUCGCUAAGCGGUAUGAGUCGUACGGUUGGCACGUCGAGAUCGUUGGGGACGGGGACCACGACCUCGGCGGCAUCGAGCGGGCUAUUCAGAAGGCCAAGGACGUCAAGGACAAGCCCUCACUCAUCAAGCUGAAAACGACCAUCGGGUUUGGCUCUCUGCAGCAGGGGACUCACGGUGUGCACGGAUCCCCGCUGAAGGUCGACGACAUCAAGCAGCUCAAGCAGAAGUUCGGCUUCAACCCCGAACAAUCCUUCGUCGUGCCUCAAGAGGUUUACGAUCAAUACCACAAGAAGGCUGCCGAGGGUGCUGCCCUCGAGGAAGACUGGAACAAGUUGUUUGCUUCGUACGACACCCAGUACAAGGCCGAGCACGACGACCUCGUUCGCCGCCUCAAGGGAGACCUUCCCGAGGGCUGGGAGAAGAACCUCCCUGUCUACACCCCCAAAGAUGCUGCUGUCGCCUCUCGAAAGCUUUCCGAGGUCGUCCUCCAGAAGGUCGAGGCCGUCAUUCCCGAGCUCAUCGGCGGAUCUGCCGACUUGACGGGUUCUAACCUGACGCGAUGGAAGGGCGCUACUGAUUUCCAGCCCCCGUCGACCGGCCUCGGCACCUACGCCGGCCGAUACAUCCGUUAUGGUGUCCGUGAGCAUGCCAUGGGUGCCAUCAUGAACGGUAUCGCGGCGUACGGUACUCUCAUCCCCUACGGCGGUACCUUCCUGAACUUCGUCUCGUAUGCUGCUGGCGCUGUCCGCCUGUCUUCGCUAUCUCAAGUCCGUACGAUCUGGGUCGCCACCCACGACUCGAUCGGUCUCGGCGAAGAUGGCCCUACCCACCAGCCGAUCGAGACCCUCGCCCACUUCCGUGCCCUGCCUAACAUUAUGGUCUGGCGGCCCGCCGAUGGCAACGAGACCAGCGGCGCAUACUACGUGGCCCUUACUUCCAAGCAUACCCCUAGCAUCCUCGCGUUAUCGCGACAGAACCUCCCUCAGCUCGAGGGCUCGACUGUCGAGAAGGCGCUCAAGGGUGGUUACGUCUUGCAUGAGGUCGAGGGUGCUAACAUCACCCUCGUCUCUACCGGGUCCGAAGUCUGCAUCUGCGUCGAUGCCGCGAAAUAUCUCCUAGAGAAGCACGGGGUCAAGGCUCGUAUCGUCUCGAUCCCAUGCUUCGAGGUGUUUGACUCGCAGACCAAAGAGUACAGACUCAGCGUCCUCCCCGACGGCAUCCCGUCGCUGUCUGUCGAGGCCAUGAGCACAAUGGGCUGGGAGAGGUAUACCCACGAGCAGUUCGGCCUGAACAGAUUUGGUGCCUCCGGUGCCUACAAGGACGUCUACAAGAAGUUCGAGUUCACCCCCGAAGGCGUCUCAAAGAGGGCUAUUGCAACCAUCGACUUCUGGAAGGACGUUCCCAACAUUCGGUCACCCAUCAACCGCGCAUUCCAGCAGCUCAUUUAA